ACUUAAACCGCUGAUCUGAGACCUGUGUGUGCAUUACUUCUCUAAUAGCGAAUGUGAAUGUUUGGUGGUCACCCAAGCUGAUCUGAGACAAACCUUUUGUAGCAUCCUAAACAUGGCAGCCUCCGUCAGACAUUUACUGAAACCUUGGACACCGAGUCUGUGUUUGGUGAGAUGGAGUCGAUAUAAUCCAUACUAUCUGGAUCCAGAUCCCAGUAAAGAUGCUCGUGUCCCAGAAUCAGAGCUCAGUCCUGAAGAAAAAGAGCUGCAGGAACUGAAAACCGUGAGACCGAUAAAAGCAGCGCUGUCAAGCGACACCAGCUCUUCUUUCAAUGACCCUCUGAUCAGCAAGUUCAUCAACAUGAUGAUGCAAGAUGGCAACAAAAUCCUUGCUAGAGGAAUCAUGACACAGGUUUGAAUCAAAUCCCAUUAUAUACACUUAUACACUUACACUU